AUGGGUAAACUUGUUACGCCGCGAAAAGUGUCCACUCUGUCGCCUGCUAGUCAGGAAGGUUCAUCGGGAGUUAAGCAAAAACAGCAAACUUCAUUAAUGUCCUUCUUUAAGCCUAUACCAGCCAAAUCUUAUAUGGAGCUGGUCAGAGGUACUCCAGAACAGAAAGGUUUACCAUUGUCAUCGUCGCCACCUAACCCCCUGCUGAGACUCAAAUUUCUGAGUGAUAAAGAGAAUGAGUUAUAUACAGAAGGAAAAUCUGAUUUAAACAAUUCUUUUACAUCUAGUGCUACUUCACCUCCGGAAUUGGACCGAGAUUAUAUUACUCCCAGCAAGAAAACAACAAGGUCUUUGAAUGCUACACCUUUCAAGGACAGAGAAUCGAGUAUCAAGUCUAGUCCAGUGACGACGAGUCGUGGUAGAAUCAGUAAGAAAAUCAAUUAUGCCGAGUCGGAAGAAGAAGACUAUGAUGAUGAUGACGACGGGGAGGGGGUUCAAACAUUCAGGACACGGAAAAGGAAAAGAAUUGGUCUCAUUGAAAGCGAUAGUGAUCAAGAGGCAGAUUUCAAACCCAAUGACUCCGAUGGCGUUGACUCCGAUGGCAUUGACUCCGAUGGCGUUGACUCUGAUGGCAUUGACUCUGAUAGUAAUGUUUCGAAAAAUAUGGAUGAUUUCGUUAUUGACAACGACAAAGAUGAAGGGCUGCAGUUGAGAAAAAAAAGAAAACCCGAGACAAAGACAAAGGCAAAGAAUUCCUCUUUAUUGUCAAGUGAAUCCAAUAGCAGUGAUGGCAGUAGUGGUGCUAACAACCGCUUGAUAGAAAAGUUCAAUGCCGCCUCGUUGUACACUUCUAAGGACUAUAAACCUAAACAAUACCUGUCCAAACCAUUAAAUCCCGCUAAGAAAAACUUUGCUAAAGAAAACGAGGAAAGAUAUCAUUGGCUAGUGAAUAUUAGAGAUGCCGAGAAAAGAACGCCAGACGAUGCCAACUACGACCUGAGAACUCUUUACAUUCCACAAUCUGCAUGGUCAAAGUUUACUGCGUUUGAAAAGCAGUACUGGGAAAUAAAAUCGAAAAUGUGGAAUACGGUUGUCUUUUUCAAAAAGGGCAAGUUUUACGAAUUGUAUGAAAAUGAUGCAAUUAUUGCAAAUACCGAAUUUGAUUUGAAAAUUGCUGGUGGCGGCAGAGCCAAUAUGAAACUAGCAGGCAUACCUGAGAUGUCGUUUGAGCAUUGGGCCAAGGAGUUUAUUAGCCAUGGAUAUAAAGUAGCUAAAGUUGAUCAGAAAGAGUCGAUGUUGGCAAAAGAAAUGAGAGAUGGAGGCUCCAAAGAAGAAAAAAUCAUCAAGAGAGAGUUAACAGGUAUAUUAACUGGGGGAACUUUGACCAAUUUGGAUAUGAUUACUGAUGAUUUGUCCACUUAUUGUUUGAGUAUAAAAGAGGGAAUUGGUGAAGAUGGAGGCAAAAUCUUUGGAGUGGCAUUUGUUGAUACUGCAACGUCAGAGUUAAACAUGAUAGAGCUCCAUGAUGACGGAGAAUGUACUAAGCUUGAUACAUUGAUAACUCAAGUAAAACCAAAGGAAAUAGUUUGUGAAAAGGGGAAUCUUUGUCAAAUUGCAACCAAGAUUUUGAAAUUUUGUGCACAUUCCAAUAAUCAAAUAUGGAAUUAUUUGAACCCAAUAACGGAAUUUUGGGAUGUUGAUAUCACUUUGGAGCAAUUGGUCAAGUCAAAAUACUAUAAAGCUGAAGAUUUAGACGAUUUUUCAAAUUAUCCUAAAGUUUUACUUGAUUUCAAGGAAAAUUGCCAUGUUGCCUUUAAUGCGUUUGGAGGACUACUUUUUUACUUGAAAACAUUAAAGUUGGAUCUGAGCAUAAUGAGUCUUGGAAAUAUCAAUCAUUAUAAAAUUUCAAUGAAUGAAAACUUGCAUAUGAUAUUGGAUGGUAUAACUUUAAACAAUUUGGAAAUUUUAAACAACAAUUAUGAUGGAGGUGAUCAAGGAACACUUUUGAAAUUGAUAAACCAAGCUACAACCCCCUUUGGUAAGCGUCAUUUGAAGAAAUGGGUGCUUCAUCCGUUGAUGAAAAUACCAGACAUUAAUGCUCGGUAUGACUCAAUCGACUAUUUACUUGGAGACGGAUCAAAUCUUCUAGACAUAUUACAAGCAUCCUUGACUCGUCUACCCGACCUUGAAAGGUUGCUUGCUCGCAUACAUGAAAAGACUCUAAAGUUUAAGGACUUUUUAAGAGUUAUUGAAUCUUUUGAAAAUAUUGCUAAGUUUCAAAGUCAAUUAUCAGAAUAUGUUGAAGUCAAAUGCGGUGUACUUCAGAAAUAUUUGAGUCAGUUUCCUAUGGAGGAGAUGAAUCGAUACAUAAAAGAGUGGGAGGAUGCGUUUGAUAGAGAAGAAGCCAAAGCAGAUAUAAUAGUACCAGCUACGGGAGUUGACGAGGAAUUUGAUAACUCGCAAGCCAAAAUGAAAGAUUUAGAAGACAAGUUAAAUCAGCAUUUAAGAGAAUACAAACGUGAGUUUAGGUCACAAGAGAUUUGUUAUCGUGAUUCUGGAAAGGAGAUAUACCUUAUUGAAAUACCGGUAAGAUUUACCAAGCACAUUCCUUCCAAUUGGGAAACAAUGGGUGCUACUUCUAAAGUCAAAAGAUUCUGGUCACCUGAAGUGAAAAGGUUGGCAAGAAAAUUAAUGGAACAACGAGAAUUACAUAAGAUGGUUUGUGAUACUUUAAAAUUCAGGAUGUAUGACAAAUUUGACUUACAUUAUGAAACAUGGAUGAGUGUAAUUAUAUGCAUUGCAAACAUUGAUUGCAUAUUAGCAUUAACAAAAGUUUCUGGAACCAUUGGGUACCCGUCCUGUCGUCCCGAAUUUAUUGAAAGUGAGUAUGGUCAUAUUCAAUUUAAAGAGUUGAGACAUCCAUGUUUUACUGGUGCAAAAGAGUUCAUUCCCAACGAUAUUCAAUUAGGUGGCGAUGAGCCGAGAUUUGGGUUAUUGACUGGUGCCAAUGCUGCCGGUAAAUCUACUAUUAUGAGAACCACAGCUCUUGCUGUUAUAUUGAGUCAAAUUGGAUGCUACAUUCCCGCCGAGCUGGCAAAAUUGACUCCAGUAGACCGAAUAAUGACUCGACUUGGAGCCAAUGACAAUAUCAUGCAAGGGAAAUCGACCUUUUUUGUUGAAUUAUCGGAAACUAAAAAGAUUGUUAGUAAUGCGACAUCCAGAUCUUUAGUGAUCUUAGAUGAACUAGGUAGAGGUGGUUCCAGCAGUGAUGGUUUUGCUGUUGCGGAGUCAGUAUUGCAUCAUUUAGCAACUCAUUUACAAUCGAUUGGUUUUUUUGCAACUCACUACAAUAGUUUAGGAUUAGCCUUUAAAACGCAUCCACAGAUCAAGCCUUUGAGGAUGGCAAUUAUUGUUGAUCAAAGUUCAAGAGAAAUUACCUUUUUAUAUAAGCUAGAGGAUGGUACUGCUCUUGGUUCAUUUGGAAUGAAUGUUGCCUUGAUGUGUGGAGUAUCAAAAGAAAUUGUUGAUGAUGGUGAAAUUGCUGCGAAAAAAUAUGAACAAAUUUCGAGUUUGAAAAAGACCAAAGUGAGCACUACAGAUGGAGAGGGUGUAAUUGAUAUGAGUCUUGGGUUGCAAAGUGAUUGUGUGUGGUUCGGGGAUGAUAGGAUUGGUUUAAUGGAGAAGGAUAUAUUCAAUUAUCAGGAUGCUAUUAAACAACAAGCUCUUUGCAAUAUCUAUAGUAUGAUUGAUGCAUUGUAG